AUGUCUUACUAUCCACCCUACUCAGGCGCCCCGGGGUACCCCCCGCAGCAGCCGUCAUAUCCCCCGCAACACCAGUACCCACAAAUGAAUCAUCACCAGCAGCCAUCUUAUGGCGGCUAUCCCGGCCAGUCCUACCACCAGCAGCCGCACCAUCAGCCGCCGCCGCAAUCCAACCCGUACGGUUACAGCCAUUCGUCCCAGCCAUCUCACCAGUCUUACGGCGCACAUCCUCCCCAGCAAGGUUACAAUGCUCCGCCAUCUGGGUACAACCAGCACCCGCCCUCUCAACCAAUGCAAGGAAGACCAGCCUACGGCCAAAGCGGCGGACCGGCUCCCCCUCCCAGCAACCCCGUCGCCUUCGGUCACGGCGCUCCCCAAGGCUAUAGCUUCCAAUACUCCCGCUGUACAGGCAAGAGAAAGGCCUUGUUGAUUGGUAUCAAUUACUUCGGCCAGAAAGGUCAGCUGCGCGGAUGUAUCAACGAUGUCAAGAACAUGUCGACCUACUUGAACCAGAACUUCGGCUAUGCUCGCGAGGACAUGGUGCUCUUGACUGAUGACCAGCAAAACCCAAUGAGCCAGCCGACCAAGGCAAACAUUCUUCGGGCUAUGCACUGGCUCGUCAAGGAUGCGCGUCCCAAUGACUCGUUGUUCUUCCACUACUCUGGCCACGGCGGUCAGACACCCGACUUGGACGGCGACGAAGAUGAUGGGUAUGAUGAGGUUAUCUACCCGGUGGACUUCCGGGUUGCAGGCCACAUCGUUGACGAUGAGAUGCACCGUAUCAUGGUGCGGACUCUACAACCGGGAGUCCGGCUGACAGCGAUCUUCGACUCCUGCCACUCUGGCUCUGCUCUGGAUCUUCCCUACAUCUACUCCACCUCCGGUGUGCUCAAGGAGCCCAACCUGGCCAAGGAGGCUGGCCAAGGCCUGCUUGGUGUGGUGUCGGCAUACGCGCGUGGUGACAUGGGCAGCAUGAUGUCCACCGCCAUGGGCUUCAUAAAGAAGGCCACCAAGGGCGACGAAGUGUAUGAACGCAACAAGCAAACUAAGACUAGUCCCGCAGAUGUCAUCAUGUGGUCUGGCAGCAAGGACGACCAGACCAGUCAGGAUGCCCAGAUUGCCGGCCAGGCCACUGGUGCCAUGUCCUGGGCUUUCAUUGCCGCGCUUCGGAAGAACCCUCAGCAGAGUUAUGUCCAGCUUUUGAACAGCAUUCGUGACGAGCUUUCGACCAAGUAUUCCCAGAAGCCACAGCUGAGCUGCAGCCACCCCUUAGAUACCGACAUCCUUUAUGUGAUGUAAUUGCACUUAGAAAUGAAGACAAG